CAGCCUUGUUUUGUCCCAAUGCGUCGAUCACUAAUGCGAAGUAGCCAGUCUCUGUCGGUAUGCAGUCGCCAACCCCGACGGUACCUCAGAGGGGCGCCGGUCGAUUUCAAGCGUUGAAUGGAGGCGUGCGUGACUACGAUAUCGCCCCUCUGCAUACCAACCUCGACGCCGCCAGGCCCGGCGGCUCAGGCACAACGCAGCUUACUCGAGCAAGCACUCCAAGCCACCGCUCCUCCAAAUCACCCACGGCUCACCAUGCGCGCACGACGCAUCGGGUCUGUUGGGGAAGAAUUUCGCACACCGCAGCACCCACUCCCUCACCCACUCGGCUUGGUACUCCACUUUUCUCAUUGCCCGUCUCACUCCUUCCGAACCAUCACCAGGGCGCAAUAUGCGGUGCUGAUUGGACAUUGACGUGCCCUCGUCGUCGCUUUGGGCCCUGGAGCCUCGCUUUUCCCUACACUCAAGCUUUCGUCUCCGAGGAGAUUACGAAGCUGCGACUUG